AUCGCACGAUAGGCCCUUGCGAAAGUUACAAAAUAUAAUGCUCAUUGUUCGGCUCUACAACCUUCAUUUACACAAUAAUCGAUAUAAUCUCGUAGAUAGAAGCCCAAUCUACGAAACUGUGUGCAAUAUACUUCAAUUCCAUGUUCAAAACUUGAGUAAUGAGCAUUAUUUUUCGUAACUUUCAAAAGUGCAUAUCGCUCGAUAUGCCCUAAUCACAUGUUAGUUAUAUUAUAUGCAAACACGCUUUUCGGUGUUGACAUUUCGCAUUAUUUGGCCAUGUGUUCUCGAAAAAUUGUUAAUCUAGAAAUUUGAAGUGAUUUUCAAUUGUGAAGCAGCCCAUCGUUCUAUAAAUUUUCUUUAGUUAUAAAACGCAUUAUAGGAUGCCAAUUCGGAAGAAAAUCAAAAUCAGUUCAGCGAAGCGUGGACAUCAUGAAAAGCACAAGAAAAACUUUGGUAAUUUUAAGGGCUCAAUUCAAAAAGCCACUCAAAACAAGGGAGAUAAGGUUAACAUUUUUCGUAAAAAAUGCAAGGCGACCCGACAAGUGGCAAAAAAAUCCAAUGAUUGCAAAGGAAUUCCCUUGAGGUUGCCCGAUGUUAAUGUAGAUGAUAUUGGCGAUAUGAUUGACGAUUUUGCGGGUACCAUGUCAUCUGACAAUAGUAUCGAUUCGGUCGUUAUACCUAGCAAUAUUUCAACAGAACGUGCUGAUGUAAAAAAGAGUGCCGAACAGAUUGAAGAUGAAUAUCGCAUUCAAGCUCAAAAUCAACUAAACUAUGUGGGUAAAACAAAACCACUUCUGCCAAUCAAAACUAAGAAGGGCGGUAUAAUCAAUCGUAAUGCUGAAAUAAUUCUUAAGAAACCAACUGAAAUCGAAGAACGUGAGUCUAUGGAAGCUAUGGAGACUAACAACGAUGAAUCUGAUAUAAUCCCAGUAGAAAAAAUCAAAGUUAGUACAACUGAUUUGUUGAUGGAACGAUUCGAGGAUAUAGAGAAACAAAAAUAUAUGAUUGGCAUAACAUGUGCAUCGAUUGUAGAAAAUCCUGAACUGAAGGUAACCAGCCUACAAUUGCUAUUGGAUUUAAUUACUGAAACAAAUCUUGAUGCAAAAGUUAACAUGUUUGUAAUUCGAAAAUUGGCCCUAAUUUCUUUGGUGGAAGUAUUUAAGGAUAUUGUUCCUGAGUAUAGACUUGGAAUUGUAGAUGCGAAUUCACAGAAGUUGAAAAAAUCCACCUUGUUACGCGUCAAUUACGAGAAAGAGCUUCUAUUGCAGUAUAAAAAAUUUCUUGUGCUGUGUGAAGAAUUUACUCAAAUCCUACAUCGUGGUCGGGUAAAACAAAAUCAAUCCUUAGGUGAAAAAGUACAAAUAGCAGAAAUUGCUGUACAAUGCAUCUGUGAUUUGCUGAUUGCGCAUCCAUAUUUUAACUACAGUUUAAACAAAGCGCAAAUGCUUGUUACUCUGUUGAACAACGAUCGCGAGGAUAUUCGUAAACGAAUAUAUGCGUGUUUUGUAGCAAUUUUUAAGGUGGACAAUCGGUUUGACAUAAGCAUUCAUAUUGUUCGUCACAUUAACCAGUUGGUGAAAAAGAAGCAACAUGCCGUGCACUCAGAAAUGAUAGGUUGUCUUAAAUAUUUACCAAUAAAAGAUAUUAAUGUGGACGCUGAAAAGGAGCAUGAAAUGAAAUUGAAAAAACUGGAAGCGAAAAAAUCACGCGUCAUCAACUUAUCCAAACAGGAACGCAAGCGCAAAAAGAAACUUAAAGAGCUGGAAAAAGAACUGUUUGAAACAAAAGCCGAAGAAAACAGUCAAGUUAAAUUAAAAAAGUCAACUGAUCUAUCGAAACUUGUAUUCAUGAUUUUUUUCCGGAUUUUAAAGACAGCACCAAAAUCAAAGCUUUUAAGUGUCACCCUAGAAGGACUUGCCAAGUUUGCACACACAAUUAAUAUCGAUUUCUUUUCGGAUCUAAUCGAUGUGCUCGAUAAUCUUUUAAUUCAUGGCGAUCUUGGCUAUCGAGAACAAUUGCACUGCAUUAAGACGGUAUUCACUAUUCUCAAAGGACAAGGCGAGAUUCUCAAUAUUGAUCCAGCACGAUUUUACACACAUUUAUAUAAAAAUCUGUUGAGCGUUCAUGCUGGAAAAACCCACGAUGAUUUGGAACCUAUACUUAUGACACUGGAUAACGUGCUGCUUAAACGCCGUAACAACAUCACCUAUCAUCGAUAUUUGGCAUUUGUAAAACGCCUAUCUACGAUGACUCUACAGCUGCUGCACUUCGGUACACUCGGUUGUCUUGGUGUUAUAAAAAUGGGAUUUGUUUUAAACUCUUCACUAGAUGUCUUGUUGGAUACUGAAUGCGUUGUAGGAUCGGGCAAAUAUGAUCCGAAUGUAGAAGAUCCGGAAUUCAGCAACGCAAGCUCCACCAAUUUGUACGAACUAUCAGCAUUGCAUAGACAUUAUCAUACACAUGUUAGAAGACUGGCCUGCAAUAUCGCUAAUAACGUUCCCAGUUCUGGGCCAGGUAUGCUGCCUCCUGCAUUAGCGAAACUAACACCGUUAGAUCUGUUCAUCAGACAUGACAGUACUAAAAUGGCAUUUGUUCCCGUUAUUCCUGCUCCAAAGGAAAAUAAACAGUUAACAAGUAGAGUGCACAGGUUUAACGAUCCAGAGCUUGAAAUGAUUUGUUCUCGUGUACAGCGAGCUCCAUGCAAUGGAACAGAAUUUUUUUUUUUUGAAAAAUCAUGUAAGAUCAAUAAAUAAUGUAAAUGUUAAGAAAUUUUGUUUAAAAAGUUCGAAAAUAUAAAAUUAUUGGCUAAAAUCCUGACAAGCGAAAAAAUAUUCGGCAGGAAAUUCUAAAAUCUUAACACAGAACUCCUGAGUGAGCAGUUUGCAUAUAUCGCGACUAUGUAGCUUAGGUGCCAUAAUGGUAUCAUGUCAGACUUUUCACAUGCUGUAGUUUUGAUCCAUAUUCUUUUCGGUCCGCUUAG